CGUCAGAGCUUGAAUCAUCUCGAGCAACUAACCUUCAACUGUCAGGGUGUUCUAUUCCUUUUUGUGCUCUUAAUACGGCUCUGAUACGGUCAUAACUUGAGGAGAUGGUGCUUUAGACCGGAUAGGAUAGGAAAGUCUAAACAUGUCUGAUCAACCGUCGACGAUUCUCCGGGAGGCGAAAGGAAGUCAGGCAAGUAUCAAGGAGCUAUUGAAAACAAGAGAGCCAUUCGAUAGAGAAAUUGAUUUCCAGAGAAAGAACGUAAGGAGACGAUAUUUGAGUCUAUUACUGGUCCAUCCCUAUGCGCAGGAGUCUAAAAAUGCUGAAACUCACCUGUGGAUGCUGACAUCCCAUAUAUUUAUAUCGGAGUACAAGCAACGUUUGACCCGUAUCGACCGUGCUAUCCAGCGGUCAGCACAAGGGCAGCAAUCGAACACCCAAUCUCGCCAUGGGCCUGUCGAAUAUCGAAAGCUACUACAACGUUUUCGUCAAUUCUUGGCGGAGGAAGACAAAUUUUGGACUCAGUUUGUCAUUCGAUAUCAUCGGUCGUUCGAAUUGAUUGAAGCGCAUGACACUCUUGUCACUCUUGGUAUUUUGUCAGAAGAUGCCGGUGCUGGAGACGAGAUAACACCAAACAAUGGUCGCAAUCACUUCCAGUUUCCUACUUCGACCUUCUCUCCUCCUCCGACUGCUGCAGACCGCGACAGUCGGUUGACCAUCUUAAGCAAAGCGCUGGUUUGUCUCGGGGAUAUUGCCCGCUACAGAGAGCAAUACAACGAAGCCGGUGGCAGAUCCAAAGUCGGAUCCAACGAUGGAGCGCGUAAAAGCAAGAGAGGCAAUUCUAAUUCCGACAUACCUCGCCCCAGGAAUUUUGAGAAAGCACGUACUUGUUACGAACAGGCCAAAUUCCUCACGCCCCAUGACGGAAAUCCCUCACAUCAACUUGCCAUCAUAGCGUCAUACGAAAAAGACUCCUUCACCUCGUUGGUACACUACUACCGGUCCCUUUGCGUAACUCAUCCUUAUGAAACCGCAUCUGAAAAUAUGAUCAGUUUGCUCGGCAAGGCAUUGGAACAGCGGAAUACGCCCGGCAGAGACAUCCCGUCCGAAUUAGCUCAUGUGCCAAAAGUGCAGAUCGAAGAGUUCAAACGAAAAAUUGUUGUUCUACAUGCAUUAUGGUGGCUCGGAGACGAAAAUGAUGACUCGUUUAUGGUUAAGCAGGCUGGCAACAUCUUCAACAAGUUUUACUAUCUGGUGUCAGAACGGCAUUUGCCUGAAGACUUUAUCACACAGCUCGUCAUUCUUGCACAAGGAGCACUUUGGAGGAUUCGGAUGCAUCAGGACUCCUCGGUGACAUCGAGUAACAAGUUAAAACUUCGCCCGAGUUCCUCUUUCUCCCAGGUCAUCGAGGCUCGGAUAUUCACCCACUUAUUGUCUCUAUAUCGAGCACUUUUUGAGGUUGGCAUCGAUAAGCUGCAAGAACCGCCUCCUGUAGAUUCGGACCUUGCCUCGCGGCUCAUUGUAGAAUUCCGGAGAACGCUGCCUGCAAUGAGAAUCGCUGGGAAAUGGCUCAGAGCGAACUACAAAUAUGCUAUGAGCGAUCCCGAAGCACAGGAUGUAAUCAAAGGAAAAGGAAAGGCAAAAGACGUCCCACUAGGAAUUAUCAGCCCCUCGUCCGUCGAGACCAUCGAUUUUUGGCGGAAGUACGCCGACUUCUUGCGAGCGCUAUCGCGUGCCUUUCCCGUAGACCAGCUACCACAAUUGAGCUUUGCGCUUUCGGAAGAUAUAGAAAUCAGAGGGUUUAGACCACUCAAAAAUUACGCAGAUCCGAAAAGAGACACAGGCAGCUCUAACGACAAUGUACCGCAUAAAGAAAGUGAAGUGCAUCCUAAUGAAGUGCAGUUGAUGAGAAUCCAGGAUAUUUUACUUGAUGCUAAGGCCUUGGUUCAAAUGGAGAAUUCGCCAAUCGCUUUAUAUGGCAAUCAAUUUGUUCUCAAAGGCGUCGAAUCCCAGGUCCAACCAAUACCAAGUGGAAAUGGUUCGAUUCCGUCUUUUCGUACCGCAGAAAUUGAUCCAGAAGAUGAGACUAUGACUGAACUCACGUCCGGCACUGAUGAUGUUUUACUUCGGGACGCCUUUGGUCACCUAAAUGAGGAGGAUAGUACCGACGAAGAAGAUCAAAUUGUCUGGGACCCGAAACCACGUGGUGCUUCGCUAGAUCAUUCGUCAAUGUUGGCUCAACUUGUCGCCGAUGUCCGUAUUGUUCCCCAGAAUCCAGUAGCUGGGUCUAUCAUGCCUGCCGCCCUACCACCUGCAGAACCGUCCACUUCUCCUAUGCACCCAGAUGUGCCCCCCAACUUAUCCCUGUCUAUCAAAGGCCAUGAUGGAUCUUCGCCUGUAGACAAAACCACGGCUGAAGAUUUACUCAAAGGUUUCAUGAGUCCAAGUCAUAUAUCACCUUCCAGAGCAAUCUCUGAUUCCUUGACUCCGCGCUCGCCGUUCUUGUUCGAUCGUCCGGGAACUAACAUCUGGUCCACCUCCCGGGAUGAGAAGCCUCUACGUCAUCUCGCUAGCGGACCUCAAAUGACCCUCAUGCCUCAGACUCGGCAGCACAACUUUUCUGGUUCUCAGGAUAUCACCUCUCAACAAUCUAUUUGGACACAUCCAGCGAAUCAGAAUUCCCAACGUCAACUGUUUGGUAUCUUACCCUCCUCCACGAUCGCCUCUCAUCCGACAUAUCCGCUCACAAAUCCAGGACAUCAACGGGCACUUUCUACAUCCCUGGACGCGCCUCUUCUCCCUCAUACUCUACCUCAAAAUUCCAGUGUAGCCUAUUCCGGGUCUAGUGGUAUGCUGCCAUCUUCCUAUUUGCUCUCCGAGCCUCCGGUUCUAGAAUCAGCUCAGAAUUCCACGCGACACUUAUCCUUCCAUGACCCCGCUAUAUACUCUUCUCAAGCUAUGCCGUCGAUGUCGUCAAUUUGGGGAACAAAUGGAUGAUUUCAGGGGAACGUCUCACCGAAUAAAAAUUAGGAUGCAUCUCUUAAUAAAGUCAGGAGUUUCUUGCUUCCAGCGAUGAAUGUUUCUCGGCAUUCAUUUUUUGUCGGCAAUAAUUGUCCGGCAAUACCGAUAGUAGCCGUUGGCCGUUAGGUCAUGUAGGACGAACCAAGAAUCCAGUGGAAUGAGACCAGACUGUCUUUCCCUGCGAGGUUAGGACAAAUUGGAGAAAUAUCGUGUAUUGAUAACGAUAACGUUUUCGCGUACGAUGGUGGCUUGUCAUAAUAUGCACAGCUCUUUCUUUUACCUGUUUAUUGGAUCACUAUCCAGACUCCAGACAGCUCAGCUAGAAUCCAUUAUCUCCGCUACUUUCGUUUUCUAUCUCUUGUUCAGGUUCUUAACAUGUAUACUGUUGCGUUCUUGUACUGAAAAUCUUAAUUCGCGAUUUUCUGUCUU